AUCGGCCAGCCUGAUCGGCCGAGCACACACCCCCUCCCCCCCACUCGCACGCAAACACACAAACACACAAACACACACACACACACACACAUACAUACAUACAUAAAUACACAAACACACGCACACACAAACACACACACACACACUUUCUGUUUCCUCUCGCUCCAUCUCUGCUCAUACCCGCACAAACGACGUUUGACAGGCACGCGAAUGACCAGAAUCAGAACAUGAAUAAUGCCACAAUCGCGCCUGUGCCGCAUUCCCCUCCCCGCACACCCAACAUACAGGUAGUAGUUGGCAAUAUCUCAACAGUGUACAACACAGACGCACAGACUCACACAAACACACACUCUAUUUCUUUUUCAACCCACCAUAGCCUCACACCCUAAGGCUUCGCCCGAUCCAUCGCCUUGUGCAGGCAUUUAUUGGGGCGAGCACAAGCUCAACCGCACCGGGAAAAACAGAAGGAUAUCAUCAUUUUGUUCAGUGGUCAAAGUCGAAUCGUGCCGCAAAUCACAUUCGGCCUCUUGUCAACCCGCCACACCACUCCUUCACUCCCACUCCCGCUCCGCCCCUCCUACCGCUACCUACCCCCUACCUCAACCCCCCAAACCCCCAAACCCCCUCUACACCUCCUUUCCUUCCCGUACAUUCUCAUGUCACACUCCUCGCUCUCGUCGCGGGGUGGACAUGUUGGUGUCGGCUUUGUGCUGUUGUUGAUCGUCAUUUCUGUCGUGGCUGACAAACAAGCGCCUUCCGGAGAGCGGCUUUUUCUCUGCAAUGUGGCGCAACCUUUUGAUGCUGCCUUCAAGCUGCAUCCCGACUCUGGUGUCAUCAAUAAGCAGUAUGUGUUCAAGGGCAACAAGGUGUGGGUGUAUGAUGCGGAAUAUCGCUCGACCUCACUCGAAGGUACCAUUGCAUCAGUCUUCCCUGGCUUGCCCAUCAACAACAUUGAUGCCGCUGUCUCUACCAACAGUGGAAACAUGUUCUACGUCUUCAAGGGCGUCAAUGUCUACUUGUUUGAUAUCGCUUCUGGUCUCAAAUCGGGCUUCCCCAAGACCAUCGCAUCCGAGUUUUCCGGCGCUUUUCCAAACCAUAUCGACGCUGUCCAGCGGGGCGACUUGAACAAGAUCUACGCGUACAAAGGAAGCCAAGUGUUUGCCUACCACGAGCUCACCGGUCAGCUAGGCGGCUUUCCCAAGGCUCACAACUUGGGAUUCUCCCCCGACGCUGCCAUUCAGUCGCCGUUUCAGCGGCUCUCCAUCAGUGUUGAUACGUACUACUUUGUCGGCAACAUGACACACCUGGUCGAGAGCAAUGUUGAGGUGCCCACGUCGCCGUUUCCCAUCUGCUCAUCAUGCAGCGGGACCAAGGUCAUCAACUCGGGCACAAGCGGUGAUAUCGCACCGUUUGUCGACUUGAUCUACACCAACCUUCAAACCUGCAAGUGGGUGCUUGACUUUGGCAUCCCUGGCUACCUCACAGUUGACUUUAUCAACUUGGAAACCGAGCAGGACGUUGACGUUGUCACCCUCUACGACGGGCCGAGUACCGCCAGUGACGUUCUGAGCGUACUUUCGGGCUCGCUCAUGUUCUCAACGACGUUCACAACGUCGACUGAAAAAGCCCUUGUUGAGUUUACAUCCGAUGGGUCUACCGUGGCCUCUGGCUUUGACAUCUCCUACGAGUUCUACGCCGAGUGCCCAACGCUCUCUUCGCUCUCGUUUGGCUACUGGAGCCCGGCUGAUUUCGGCUAUCGUGGGCAGGAAGUGUCCGCAAUCUGCUGCGAAGGCUACACCCUCACCGCGGGCUCUACAACACGAAUCUGUACGCCAUCAGGCACUUGGUCGGGCACCGACGGCCAGACGUGCACACCAAACCCGUGCAGUCCGGAUCUGGUGGCACCGGCCAACGGAUACGUGUCCGCAACGACCGGUAACACCGGAGACACCUCGAACUUUGGCUGCAACGCAGGUUACACGCUCGUGGGAUCUCCGUCGCGAACCUGCCACCCGCAGGGCUUCUGGUCCAACUCAAACGACCAGUUCUGCGAUCCGAACCCGUGCUCACCGCCGCAACUCGCGCCUACCAACGGGGUCGUCUCGUCGACAUCUGGCAAGACCGGCGAGACCAUCAUCUUUUCGUGCAACUCAGGCUACACUCUGGGCGGAUCGUCGAGUCGGACGUGCCAACCGUCGGGCACGUGGUCCAACCUCAACGAUCAGGUGUGCACUGCCUCGUCGUGCUCGCCGCCGCUGACUCCGCCUGCCAACGGGCAGGUCUCGUGCACAACGGGCACCACCAACGACAUCUGCUUCUACUCGUGCAACCAGGGGUACGACCUCUCCGGUUCGGCGUCGCGAACGUGCCAAGCAAACCAGGCGUGGACCGGCUCGGAUCCGACGUGCAACCCGGCAGCUUGCUCACCCAAUCUCUCGUCUCCCCUGUACGGAUCGGUCUCGUCCGCGUCAGGCGUGACAGGCCAGACUUCGACGUUCUCUUGCAACGCCGGGUACACACUCUCGGGCGAUGCGAGCCGGACUUGCCAGGCAACCGGCUCCUGGUCCAACGCCGACAACCAGGUAUGCUCCCCGUUGCCAUGUCCGGCGCUGAAUGCCCCGACAAACGGAGCUGUCUCGAUCACCUCGGGCUCGGUUGGCGAUGUGGCGUCGUACUCGUGCAACGCCGGAUACUUUUUGUCGGGCGAGACGUCGAGGACGUGCCAGGUGAACCAAGUGUGGAGCUCGAUGGCACCAACCUGCGAACCACUGUCCUGCACCACUCUAGCUCCUCUCACCAACGGCUACGCACUGCCGGGCUACUCGGGCCGUGUCGGCGACACCAUCGCUUUUGGCUGCAACGCCGGCUACACCUUUUCCGGCAGCUCCACGCGGACGUGCUCCCAGUCGCAGAUCUGGUCGGGUGGCGACGACCAGAGCUGCAGCCUGACGCCCGACUACUGCCCAGCCCAGACCGCGCCAGUUGAUGGCUCGCUCACGUCGCUGACUCGCACAGUCGGCGGAAGUGCCACCUUUUCGUGCGACUCUGGCUUCACGCUUGUCGGCUCGGCGAGCCGGACAUGCCAGAGCGACGGCAGCUGGUCGGGUACACUUCCGAUUUGCACUCAGUGCUCGGGCAAUUGCGCAACGUGCGAGGCCGGGCAGCCGACAAACUGCAACUCGUGUAUCGGCGGCUACACCAUCGGUGACGAGUGUGUGUCCAAGGUCGACCCAUGGUGCCCUCCGCUUGGUCCGCCAACAAACGGGUCGCUCUCGGCCGCACCUUGCGGCCGCAAGGUCGAUGACACCUGCGGCGUUGCCUCCUGCAACGCUGGCUACUUCUUGGUCGGCCCGUCAUCGCGAGUCUGCCAGUCAUCGCAGGCGUGGUCGAACCUGGCGUGGUCGUGUGCCACCUGCGCGUCGCAAUGCGCGACGUGCGACGGUACUGCCGGCAACUGCCUGACCUGCGCUCCCGGCCUGGUCGAUCCCCCGAGUUGCGCCACGCCUGUCACCUGUCCGAGCCUCUCGCCACCGGCAAACGGCGCACUCUCGACCUCGGUCAACACAAGUGGCACGACAGUGUCGGUCAGCUGCAGUGCAGGCUUCACCCUCUCGGGUUCGUCGACGCUGGAAUGCGGGACCAGUGGCGUGUGGUCAGGCCCGGUCGACUACGUUUGCACCGGCCUGCCAUGCACACCACCGCUCUCGCCGCCGAGCUUUGGGACGGUCUCGGCCGUCAACGGCACGACUGGAGAGGUCCGCAGCUAUGCUUGCAACCAAGGCUACUCGCUCGUCGGCGACCCAACGCAGGCAUGCCAGGCUGAUGGUAGCUGGGGCGGCUCAGCUCCGAGCUGCAGCGCCAGCUCGUGCACCCCAACGCUCACUCCGCCGACCAACGGUGCAGUCUCGGCCACCACCGGUGUGACCGGCGACGCGGUGAGCUACUCUUGCAACGCGGGCUUCUCGAUCGUCGGUGCUGCGACGGUGACCUGCCUCACGAACUCGAGCUGGUCGGCAGCCGCACCGUUGUGCGCGGCGAACCCAUGCACGCCGGCCCUGGAUCGGCCAGUCAACGGGAGUGUGUCGCAGGCCGAAGGUGUGACCGGUGACGUGGCCACCUUUGCCUGCAACACAGGCUACCUGCUGAUCGGGCAAGCAAGCCGGCAAUGCCAGACCGAUGGUACAUGGUCCGGCGCAGGCUCGCCGUUCUGCGACGUGCAGCAGUGCCCUCGGCUCUCGGUCAUCCAGCCACCGCCGGCCAACGGCCUGCUCACCUGCGACGGGGCCUCGUUUGGAUCGACUUGCACCAUCAUAUGCAACACUGGGUACUCGCCAUUCGGCACAACGAGCCGGACCUGCCUCACCUCGCUGGCGUGGUCCGGCGACAGCAACGUGCUGUGCUCAGACGCUCAGCCGCUGGUUACGGCAACCUCGUUUCGCCGCCUGUCGAGGUUGUUGCAGGCACAGAGUGGCAGUUUGGCGUCCAGCUCUUCCGCACCUACGGCCGGGUGGCAUCCGCUACUACCAACGAUUUUGCUGUCCGGCUGGCGCCUUUGCCGGCGCCGGCACUACCGCUGACGCUGGCAGCGGUCGGCAACGCAAGCUACGAGCUUGGCGUCUCGCUGCCGACCGCCGCUGGUAGCUACGCCGUGUCCAUCGAGGUCAACGGAGGAGCCAUCCGUCCGUUGCCCAUCAGCGUCGCCGUUGUGCCCGGACCGGCGUCUGCAGGCGCAUCGAUUGUCACCGGACCAGGCCUCGAGACUGCGACGCUCAAUUUGGACAAUGCUGUUGUCAUCACAGUCCGCGACGAGUUUGGCAACGCGGUGCGCGACCUGGAUGCGGCAAGCCUGACCGUCUCGGCCAAGCUCGGCAACGAGGUGCGGGAGCUCGAUCUCAGCGUUCGAAGCGCGGCGGUCGGGGUGGUGGACACCAGCUUCCGGCCGUGGGACGCCGGCGUGUACACGUUGUCAGUGUCGGUGGGCGGAGGAGCAGUUCCAGGCUCGCCGUGGGUGGUGACAGUCGCGUCACAGUGCGGCUUGGGGCAAUACGCGGUUGAGGCGACCGGGCCGUGCGAGAUUUGCCCUGCCAACACGUACUCUGACGCCAUCAACGUGCCCGAGUGCACCGGGUGCCCCGCGUUCACGUCGACGCAUGGAAAGCGCGGCGCGCAAAGUGUCGAGGCGUGCACUUGCGUCGCCAACUACUAUGCAGCUCCUGUUGCCGGCGAAGCAGAGCCAUCGUUCACCUGCAAGUCAUGCCCAGAAGGCGGAGUGUGUUCUGGCGAGCUUGAGCCGCCGGGAUCGCUGCCGGGCUACGCACCAGCCGACGACGGGACAGUGGCGUUUGUGGCAUGCCGGCGGACAACGGCGUGCACCGGCAACAACACGUGCGCGACUGGCUACACCGGAUACAUGUGCAACAUCUGCCGCGACAAGUUCUACUCCACGUCGACAGGCGAGUGCAAGGCGUGUCCCCAGGCUGCCAACGGCAUUCUCGCCGGUGCGUUGCUUGUGGUGCUGGGCCUCUGUGCAGCGACAGCAUGCCUCAUCCUGGUAGGCAUGGUGCGGAUCGGGUCUGUGCAUGUGCCCAAGGCGGAAGCCGGCGGCGGGAAUGCAGAGAUGAUGGCGGUGAUGCGGACGCGGACGCUGCCUGCAAGCGUGAGCAUGGUACUUGUGGCGUUCCAGUCUGUGGGCGUGCUUGCCGACGGCAACUUUGCGUGGUCUAAGGCGUCAAAGCAGGUCCUGGACUCGUUCAACGUGUUCAACGUGGACGUCACCCUCUUUGCGUCCGAGUGCUCACUCUCGUCGUUCUACGCCAAGUACGUGUUUGCGGUCGGGCUGCCCGUCCUCGUCCUAGUGGCGACGAUUGUCUCGCUGAUGUUGCUCAAGCUGCUGGCCGGCGCAGGGUUGAUGCGGUACGGCGCGGAGCUGCUCCGGGCCACUUCACUGAUGGGCCUAGUCGAUGCGGUCGUUUUCUCAGUCGCGCCGCUGUUCUACAUCCCCAUGGCGCGGGCGACGUUCCAGCUGUUUGAUUGCUCGAGGCUGCCUAAUGGGCACUGGAUCUUGGAUGCAAACCCGGGUGUCACCUGCUUCAACUCGCAGUGGUGGACGUACUGCUGGGUGGGUAUUGCCGCGGUAGCCGGCUACGUUCUGGGCAUUCCGGGCUACUUUCUGCUCCAUCUGGUGCGCAACCGGAGAACGCUGACCUCGCCAGUGACUUAUGUCCGGUACGGCGCGCUGUACCGGCUGUUCCGGCUCCGGUUCUACUGGGCGGGGGUGGCGGAUCUCGGCAAGCGACUUGGUCUCAUUGUGGCUGCGGUGUUCUUCUCCAACCACCAGCUCGUGCAGAUCGGCGGCAUUCUGCUCGUCCUCCUCACCUCGUCGUACGCUAUUGUGCGGUACCAGCCGUUCUACUACUUGCUGUACAACAAGCUCGAGCUGCGGCUUUCGGCCAUGCUUGUGGUGGUCCUGGCGCUCGGCACCGGCUCGUACUCGGAGCGGCGCAACGCCGAGUCGACAUCGGACUUUUUUUACGUCGCCAUCAUUGUCGCUAUGGUCGCACUCUGCCUCAUCUCGGUCCAUGGCAUUGUGACCGACAUCCUGCAGAUUGUGGCGGCCCGGUCGGAAGGAUCUGCCGGUCAGUGCGAGCGCAAGCGCGCCAUCGCCGAAGCACUCGCCGACGAGCUCCCGGACAUGGACCCGGAGAUGGCUGCUGUGGCCGAAGUCAUGCUUGCUCGGCUCGCCCAAGCCGACCACAGCCCGGUCUACGGCCUCGAGCUUGCCGAGUUUGGCAGCGCCCACGAAGGCGAUCUGGUGACCCUCGACCGGCUUGAGGGCCGCAACGCGCUGGCGUUUUCCUCGGUAGGCCCUCCUGCAUCGCCACUGACGUCUUCAUCCUCUUCUUCUACAUAACAUACCAAUCAUAAAGUCUUGGCUGUCUGCCUGCCGCAG